UAUAAUCUACGACUAUCUCCAAUCCGUCUUCUCUCCCAGUGUAGGGUGCCGCUAGGGUUUAUUUCGCCGCAUCAGAAGUCGGAAGGAGCACUGCACACUCAGAAAUGGCUCCAAAGAAAGGUGGAAAAGUUUUGGCACAGACAAAGAAGAAACCUGAGAAGGUUGUAAAUCCUCUAUUUGAGAAGCGUCCAAAGCAGUUUGGAAUCGGAGGAGCAUUGCCUCCCAAGAGAGACUUGCACCGAUUUGUGAAGUGGCCACAUGUUGUUCGCAUUCAGAGGAAGCGAAGGAUCCUCAAGCAGCGGUUGAAGGUCCCACCAGCAUUGAACCAGUUCACAAAGACUUUGGACAAAAACCUUGCAACAAGCCUUUUCAAGAUGCUUCUCAAGUACCGUCCAGAAGACAAAGCAGCAAAGAAGGAACGCCUUCUGAAAAGGGCACAGUCAGAGGCUGAAGGAAAAACCAUUGAGGUUAAGAAGCCCAUUGUUGUGAAAUAUGGGCUCAACCAUGUCACCUACCUUAUUGAGCAGAACAAGGCACAAUUAGUGGUUAUUGCUCAUGAUGUGGACCCGAUAGAGUUGGUUGUGUGGCUUCCUGCCUUGUGCAGGAAGAUGGAGAUCCCUUACUGCAUUGUGAAGGGGAAAUCGCGCUUGGGAGCGAUUGUCCACAAGAAGACUGCAGCUGUUUUGUGUUUGACAACAGUUAAGAAUGAGGAUAAGUUGGAGUUCAGCAAAAUCCUCGAGGCAAUCAAGGCAAACUUCAAUGACAAGUACGAUGAGAACAGGAAGAAAUGGGGAGGAGGGAUCAUGGGUUCCAAAUCACAAGCCAAAACCAAGGCCAAGGAGAAGCUUCUUGCCAAGGAAGCUGCUCAGAGGAUGUCCUAGAGUAUUUUAAUUCUUAUAGAACCUUUCUUUCUUCAAUUUUUUGUUUUCCCCCCUCUUUCUUUUUGGGAGAUUAUCAAAAUGCCUUUGAGGAUUCACUUAGACGGCAACUCUUAACUCAUUUCACUACCUCUUGUCACAGGAAUGAGAAUUAUCCCAAUUUUAUCAGACAUAUAAAGUAUGAAUUAGUUUGCCAACA